AGGGAGGAAGAGACAGUAAUACAUGUCCAGACAUAUUCUAGGGCACAGCAACAAAGGGCGUGCCCAUCCAGCCAGCUGAAUGAUGAGUGAUUUACUCUCCUCUUAUUUCCCCUCUUUUACCCUUUUGGGACGCGUAUAAGGACAUGGGCAGUCUCCCAAGUUGCUAUAUAAAGUAAUUAAAGAGUAACUAAAGAGUAACUCUCUGACUUCGUACACUGUACGUGCUCGCUAGUAGCUACCCACUAUGGUAAAAAAAUCAUUCCUCCGUAUCCCUAAACUUUAAUUCUAUCCCUUUCUUUCUACCCUCAUCAUCAGCUAUAUAAGAUAGAAUUGAAGAUACAUAGAUCCAUACUCCUCCGAUCCGUGAAAGAAGGGAAGUUAAUAUACUCCAUUUUCAUAAGCUUGAAGAUCUGAUCUGUGGUGGGUAGAUCGAUGGUGAGGGAGAAGAUAAAUAUUAAGAAGAUCGACAGCCUAACGGCCCGGCAGGUGACGUUCUCGAAGAGGAGAAGAGGGCUCCUCAAGAAGGCGGAGGAGCUCGCCGUCCUCUGCGACGCCGGCCUCGCUCUCAUCAUCUUCUCCGCCACCGGAAAGCUCUUCCAAUAUGCUAGCUCCAAUAUGAAUGAUGUGCUCGAAAAGUACAAAUUACACUCGAGCAACCUUGGAGAAUCAAGCCAGCCCUCUCUUGAACUUGAGGCAGAAGAAGGCCUUCAUGGAGCAGUAACCAAGGAGGUUGCAGACAUGAUGGCUUAUGAGCUAAGGAACCUAAAGGAGGAGGACCUUGAAGGAUUAAGCUUUGAGGAACUAUAUGAGUUGGAGAAAAAGCUUGAAGAUGAAUUGUCACGUGUGAUAGAGAUUAAGGGUAAAAGAACUAUGGCCGAGAUUGCCAAUCUUGAAAGAAAGGAUACUGAGUUGAUGGAAGAAAAUCAACGAUUGAAGCAAAAGAUGGAAAGCAUAAAUGACAGGCAAUCAUCGGAGUCCACCACCGCAACUUUCGCCUGUAGUAGUGGCACAUACUGCUUGAAGACGAUUGCUUUGAGACAUCCUUGAAACUAGGGUUACCUUUUAACUAAGCUUCCAGAACGAGCAAUAUGCAUGCAUGGGCGCAAUCGACGUAUUAGAUACUUCAUAAUUUUCUCACUAUGUGUGUCCUAAGUUGUGUAAUGUGGCGCAUGUUAAUUAUAAUGUAAGGAUAAAGAUUUGAAAAAACAGAUGAUAUAUAUAAGAAUUGAACUUAUGUAGUUUAUUCAUAAGUGAUGGUCGGAAUUUGGAUGAUAAUUGUGAUGUGACAAUAUUCUCUGAUUGUAAUGUAGAUUUUCAAGUGUUCAAACUUGAACUAAGAAUAUAAUUGUGUGGAUUAAAUUAUUGUAAGGAAUAAAAUGUGUGUAUGUGUCUUAUUUGUUUGCGUGUAAAUGUGUUAACAUUCACCUGA